AUGCAGCAGCAACAGCAAAGUUAUUAUCCCCUUCCCUCAGAUAUCAAGAACUGUGGGGAUCUUGUUCGGAACAGUCUGGUAAGGAUAUACACUGAGUUGGUGAAUGCUGUGGAUUCUGCGCCUGCUGAAAGCAGAGAUAAUCAAAGUUAUCUGAAAAUGGUGUCUACAUCCGAGCGAUGCAGGUUUCUAGUCGUGGAACUCUAUGCAUUGCUGAAAUGGACCAAGAACAUCGAUACGCUGGGCUGCUGUCAAGAAAUGGCAAUUUCAUUUAAUCAGAAUAACGAUGUGCUGCAAUAUAUCAGAGAUCAACUUGGCUAUUUGAGUGUUUCACUGCGAGAGUGCAUGCAACCGAUUUUUCCGUUGAAUUCUGCAUUGUCUGUUUUGGAGAACGGGAGUUAUCCAUUUAUCUCGCUCGUCUGUGAUAGUCGAGCUUGUUUUCAGUCCAGAAUAUCGAUGGAUGAAGGAAAGGAGCUGAUCAUGCGUAUUCUGCGCACUCGAAUCGUAACCGAAGAUAUUCCUGCAUUCGUUUCAAACAUUAGCGUAGAAGAUAGUGAGAUUGUGUGUACGGAGGAGAGUUUAUUUACUCUCUACCUUUCUGUGAUUAAACCCGAGUUAGACUCUCCGUUGAUGGUGACUCGUUUGAAGAUUAUUUGCAACAACAACACACAUCUAACGGUAUAUCCCUAUUUCUCUUCAAAUCAAAUCACUCGCAUCAUUAAUGUCUUGAACAGCCUGAUUGGAGCGGACAUUGUUCUCGGCGAUGCUCUCAAGAAAAUCUACCAAAUGCUUUAUUUUGUCAUUACACGCCAAACCCUUUAUACACUCUACUUGCAGCUCAACUCAAUCCUCUCGUCCUAUCGAUUAUCCUACGGACUGUGUCCCUAUCCGUACAGCAUCGAUGGCACUACGCUCGAGUUCUCGUUUUGGAAUCAGAACCGCGAAGAUGCCACAAAUCGCGUUCGUCUAUACAUCGAUAGCGAGAGCGACGUGGCAUGCGUGAAGGGUGUCUGCAACGAUCGCGUCUUCACAGUGGAUCUCGUUCGCUACCGCAUCAUGGACAUCAUUCUGGACUGCGUGCAGAAUCGUCAAAACGAGCUUCUCUCCACGCUCCGAAAAGUGCUCGAAGCGGAUCUCGCAGACACGAUUUUCUCCGUCCAUUCCGUGUAUUUCGCCUCCCUCAUCGCGCAGCUUCAACUCCACUUAGGCUCCUCGCCGGUCUGCGUGAACUUCUCGAUCAAUCCGUUCACCGGGAAGUUCGUGAUCGAGCUCUCCCACCCCGAGCUCUCGCACUGGUGCAUGGAGAUCAUGAACGAGCUCUCCAUUCUCGUUCGCGAAGAGCUGAGCGUGAAGAGCUGCAUCGAGAAGCUUUACCAGCGCGUGAUUCUCUGGAUGAUCAAGGACCACUACGAGCAAACCUCGCCCGAUUGGACGGUUAGCUUGUCUUUCUACGAGGACGAGCCUUGUCUCCUCAUCCCCUGUCUCUCCGAGAUGUACUCGCUCUCGGGCGAGAGCAAAGCGAUCUACCAGCUCCUGAUUUACCUCUCCCACAACAACAUGUGGCGCGAACUCGCCACUCCCUCCUUCUCCCACUCGCUGGUUCGGCCCAGUCUGGGCGGCGCGCUUUCCUAUCACAGCGUGAACAACAAAAUGAACGCGCUGACCGAAUACCCCGAAGACGUCAAAAUCGGGUUUGACAUCGACGAGAACGACGUGAAAUCCGCCGACGACGACGCCUCGCAGGCCGACUGGCUCGUCGUGCUGCGCGGCAUGUGCGUCAAAGACGGCGUCUGGGAGCCCUUGGAGUGCGUGCAGAAGUCGGUCGUGGUGACCGACCUGGGCUCGCAGGAUUUCUUCAAACAAACCACGUAUUGCAUCGAAAAGCUUCUCCCCAAACUGCGCUUCGAAGCGCUGAUCACGUUCGUCAAUCUCUGGCGCAACAAAUUCUUCGAUUUCAUCGACGGCAGUCGCGACACCGGCAUCCUCACCGUUCCGCCUCGUUCCUCCCCUUCACGCCUAGUGCACCCUCCCGCAAUGGGGAGAGAAACUGGACUUCCAGUCGACCACACCAGCGAAAUCUACCGACUUUUCAAGAACCGAACCUUGGUGAUUCGCAAGGGCUGUCUCCAGAACGUCGACUUCACAGAGACGUCGGCCAAGUACAUGAUUCCCUCCGCGUCCUCGCUCCUCGUCUGGCAUUUUCGGAACUGCGCCCGGAUCAUCGUGAAGAUCUCGCAGUCCCUGGCGAAGACGUUCGCGAAUGCGCGGUUCGCGUUCUGCGCCUCGCUGGAUGUGUCCCUUCCCUCGUACUUCAGCGUGGUCGUGCGGUAUUGCUUCCCUGGACAGGAUCGGUUUCAUUGGAUCUCGCUGACGCUGAACGUACACAAUCGCUUCACGGUGGAGUGCGAUCUGGACUUGCCAGAAGUGAACCCUCACUUUAUUCAUUAUAUCACGAUUCUUAUGAACAUGUCUGGGACCGAUAUGUUUGGGACCGACAUGGCGAGGCUCAUGGAGAAUCUGAGCAAGCGAAUCUUGCUGAUGAUCGCUGCGCAGUUUUUGUAUUUCUCAGUGUUGGAAGAUGUGAAUCAAAUGGGAAAGCCGGAGAAGAGCUUUUUGCUCUUCUCUGUGGAUUCGAAGUUGAUGCAGCUGUGGUGUGGUGACUCGAUGGCGUUUUACAUUCACCUGAGUCUAGAGGGUGCGAAACUGAGGCCUGCAAACAACGCUUCGCUGCAGCUUUGGAAAAAGUGUGAUUGGGAUAUGGGGGUAAUGUGUAGAAUUACUGGGAACGAAACGCAGUUUGUCACAAAGGAGUACAGAGAAACUAGUCGAUUUAUUUGUAAUUUGGUCUUUGGGUGA